AUGUGGAAUCGCUUUGAAGUAUGCAGUUGGCUGAAGUUUCACACCGGUCGCUGUCCAAACAAGGAUCUUAGGGCAUUGCCCCAAGAAGCUGUUGAGAUUGCCCAUGCCCGCAGGAAUUGGUGUCCAUGCUCCAAUAAUGUAUGGUGCAAUGUUGACAUCCAGGACCAUGAAAGGCAUCAAACCAUCAUUGGUCUGAUGUGA